AUGUCGGAUUCUGGCAAACAAGAAGAGAAGCCUUUGGGCCAGCACGAGAUCGAGAUUGACCAUGACCGCGAGCACGAGGAGCCCGAGGAGCAACAGGAGCCCGGAACCGAAAUGUCAGCGAACGAGGAGGAAGAAAUCACUGCUAUGAAGCGCCGUGUGGCAGAGAUGGAAGAGGAGGCCAAGAAGCUUCGCGAAAUGCAGGCGACUCUAGAGCAGCAGUCUGCGGACCUUGCGGAUGACAAGGAGUCUAUCGAUGCGCGCAGCAUCUUUGUCGGCAAUGUCGACUACUCCGCCUCUCCUGAGGAUAUCCAAGGUCAUUUCCAAAGCUGCGGCUCUAUCAACCGAGUCACCAUUCUUCUUGACAAGUUUACGGGACAACCAAAGGGUUACGCCUACGUCGAGUUCACUGAGCCCAGCCUUGUUGCGCAGGCUCUUGUUCUUAACGAGAGCUUGUUCAAGGGUCGUAACAUCAAGGUCACUCCUAAGCGCACCAAUGUACCUGGCAUGAGCCGCGGUCGUGGUCGCGGUGGGUUCCGCGGUGGCCGAGGCGGCUUCGGUGGCCGAGGCAGCUUCCCUCGAGGAGGUGGUUAUCGCGGUGGCUACCGUGGUCGUGGACGAGGCUUUGCCCCCUACUAG